UAAAAAAAAAACCUCCUUUUUUCAUCUCGUUAAUAACUAUUUUGGAUAAACACAAAUUUGGCCUUCUCAAUUGUAAGCAGGAAUAAUGGAAGUUCAAGAACAGGGGACUAAAUCAAGAGUUGUGAAGGUAGACUCUAAGGAAUCAUGGGAUUUUCAUGUAAAUCAGGCCACACUUCAAGGAUGCCCUAUUGUGGCACACUUUACGGCUGUUUGGUGUAUUCCCUCUGUGGCUAUGAAACCCUUUAUGGAGGAAUUGGCUUCUAUGUACCAUAAUAUGUCCUUUCUCACAGUUGAUGUGGAUGAGGUCAAGGAGGUGGCCAGAAAAUAUGAGGUGAAAGCCAUGCCAACAUUUCUGCUGCUGAAAGGUGGAGUGCCAGUUGACAAGAUAGUUGGUGCAAAUCCAGAUGAGAUGAAGAAAAGGAUCCACGGUCUUGCUCAAUCAAACCCCACGGAUAUACCCUAGUCCAAGUACAUAUUACAUAUACUAACAUAAAUAUAUAGUGUGCUACAAAAGGUUAUUUUGUUUGUGUGGCUUCUGUUGUUUCAUCUUUAAAUGUCAGACAAUUCCAUAUCCAAUUAUAGGAGUGUGUUAAAAAUAGUAAUGUCUUCAAGGUGUGUAUGUAUAAUGUAACAAGUUAAUGAACUUGAUAUGCGAUGAAAGGCUCUUCUGUACACUGAGAA